AUGCAGUCCGUGGUGACUUAUGAAAAGCCCUUGCCACAUCUAACUCUGCCUGAUUGGGAUGCGAGAUUGUAUGGAUUGCAGGUCACCGCGGACACUAGAAGGGCUGAUGCUUUCGACCUUCGAUACAGUUCAUACCAGCUACGAAAUGAGACGAAAAUCAAAACCGAUUGGGACAGCUACCAUAAUAACAAUAGACUUCGCGCCAGAGUAUAUGAAAUAGAGCAAUGGAAAUCUACAUUACAAGAGUUGCUGGACCGGAUAGACAGAGAAAUGGCAGCAUUAAAAGAAGAGAAAGCAUCUACAGAGCGAGAAUUGGAACAACUGAACAUGCCUCUCCUAGUUUGUUCAGAGUGUCUUUCCAACAGAGAUGGAAGAAUGAGUUCCGAACUCACAUAUGAUCUGGCAGAUACAGAAUUAAAAAAGGAACUUUGCGUGACAGAGAGCAAUAAGAAAAUGUUGAUUGACCGUUGUCAAUCCGCUUGGGAGAAAAUCAACAAGCUGGAAGUAGUGAAGUUUAAGCUACAGCUCGAUUUGAACGACAAGAAUGAAAGUCUACAGAUUGACAAGGACAUGCUCAACCUAGAUAAAGACUGUGCCAACAUUACAUACAAAACCGACUCACUGAAAACUCCAAAACGUAUGAUAACAUACGACCAAUGGCUACAAAAAUGCGAAGCAAUAAAGCAAAUGGCAGUAAACGAAUUGCAAGACACGCUGCGCUUACGUGAGUCUCUGUUUGUAGCUCGUGGUCGAGCCAGAAACGCCCUAAGGGCACAGACUGACGUCACCAACUAUAUGAUGAGAAGGAGGAUCUAUGAUACUCAACGAGCGAGGAAUGAAUUGCAGUGGCAGAAAAUGAAGAUGGAAGAGAACAUGGACAAACUGGGAACAGAAUUGAAGACAAUAGGGGAACAGUUUGCAGACAAAGUAAACGCUCUGAAGGUAGCUGAAACCCGUCUCGAGACUCGUGGAUAUCGACCAGGGAUUGAACUAGCCUCUGAUGAAGCGGAUAUUGGCAUGAAGGAGGAAGUUCGCAAUCUCAGAGAGACCAUACGGCAGCUGCAAGAGAAACAGGAUUGCGCUAAAGCCACAUACAACGCUCUUGAGGCUGCUUCCAUCAAGAUUGCGAUAGACCUCAAUGAUAAGGAACAGUCCCUAGAGACUGAUACUCGGGCGUUGGAAAUGAGGGCGGCUCUGGAGCCCAAAAAACCGACCGGGACUGACAAGAACCUGAUUCUGGCCAGUAUGAAAGAUGAGGUGCCGAAAGUGGAAAAUUAA